AGGCCUUUGAUUUUCGCUUUAAUUAUUGGGAAUAUUGCCGUUCAUCUCGAGGCCCUAAAACUUAUUUAUUUCAUCUCAUCAAAGCCAAAAAAAAAAACAGCCCUUUCACUGUGUUAAUUUUUUAACUGAGCUGCGAAUGGACAAGUGUUUUAGAUCAGUUUGCAUCAGACAAGAUCGCAGCUUUUUUAAACAUCAAUAGAAAGUGGAUCUUCGUGCAAGAUUAGCCUCCCAUAGUUUCCCACAAGCACCUGUAGUUUGCCUACCUAUAUCUAACCGUUCACAAAACCAGCUAUGUCUGAAUCAGAUGAAGAUCCGGAUUUAGACGACGAUCUCGACACUGAGCUAGGCGAUGAAGAAGACAACGAAAACAAUGAAGAAGGCCCCGAAGAAGAGCCAGAUGCUGGAGAGAAGGGCAGCGAUGGCAGCGGCGGCUUCGAAGCCGGGGAUGGCGAGAAGAGACCAGAGCCGAAAGUGCUGCCUCAAGAAACCCCUCUGACUGCAGAAAUGAUCAAAGGUGGCAUAUCGAUGCUAUGUAAGACAGGCGAUGGACUGGAAGUGGCGUACGUCAAACUGGUCGUCCAGAACCGCGAGCUGACUAAUGUGUUUAUUUUGUCAACGUAUAUUCACCUGCGGUACGUCGACUUGUCGUUCAACAAGCUCACCUCGCUCUUCGCUCUUCAGAACAUGCGAUUCCUCGUGUCAUUGAAGGUGACGAACAAUAAGCUCACAUCACCCCAGAUGUCCAACUUCCCGUUUCUUCAGUUUCUCGACCUCACCGGUAACCCUCUAAAAAGCACGAAAGGCAUCAAGCAGCAUUCUCUCGAGAAGCUCAUUCUUUCCAAAACCCAGCUGGAGAAUCUUGAGGACAUGACUACAGAGAACCUUCCUAACCUCAUCCACUUAAACAUCACCAACAACGCGCUGAAGAAGCUGGACGGCCUGGAGCACCGCACCCUGAAAACACUGUACGCGGCGGGAAACAAGCUGCGUAACCUCUCCGGGGUGAGCCGGCUGACUUCUCUGAGUCGUCUGCACCUGAGAGACAACCGCAUCAGCUCGCUGAAGGGUCUGGAGGAGGACCACGAGACGCUCGAGUACCUUAACGUCCGCAGCAACAACCUGGAAGAGGUGGAGGAGGUGUACCACCUCAGUCGCAUGAAGAAGCUGACAACGCUGGUCAUCGCCGACAACGCUGUCUCCGACUCUGACUCGUACCGCGUGGACGCGCUGGUGUACGGCCGGCGGCUGCAGAGGAUUGACAAGGACCCCGUCGAGGAGGAGGAGCGCCAGGAGGCGGCAGAGCUGUACCCGCAGCGGGAGGAGGAGCGACUGCUGGCAGAGCGAGAGGCCAAGGAGCGACCCGCCGACGAGGAGCCCGAUCAGGACGAUCUGGAUAGUCAGAGGGAUGACGACGACGAAGAUCGUGAUGAAGAGGAUGACUGAGAUGGCUUGAUAGUGGAGCAAACUGGUGACAUUUUGGAGGUGUUCGUAAGCUACGUUUCGUGUCAGCCGCAGCAUGUCGGACCAUACAUGGCCUAAAAUAAGGAUAGAGAUGGGAAGGGUGUUGAGCGUUGACGCUAUUUUGCGAAAGGUGACAGAUACCCUCCGACAUAACAUCAAGUGAUAAUCAUAUUUAUGUGUUUGCAUCAAGUACCUUGUAAAUAUAGUUGUUUAUGCAAGUCACA